UGUCUGCGCAGUGUUAACGUUCUGUCAAGCUAGCCACUGACAGCUUAUAUAAUAAUAAUAAUAAUAAUAAUAAUAAUAAUAAUAAUAAUUAGCUAACAGCGUAGGUCACCUGAGGAUAGAGACAGGAAACACCACAGCGUGUGAACAUGAAGUUACAGUGACGCAGUUAAACCGAAGGAGGAGGGGAUGCCGCCUUUAGUUGGAGCAGAGUUGGUCCAGACGCCAGUGCAGCUCUACCGAUAUCUCCUCAGAUGUUGCAGGCAGUUACCAUCCACAGCAAUGCAGCUGCAUUAUCGACAUGCUAUAAGACAGGGUUACAACAGCCACUCAGAUGAAGACAACCCAGAGAGGAUACAGAUGAUGAUCCAAAGAGCUAUUGCAGACGCUGACUGGAUUCUUGAUAAAUAUAGCAAGAAGAAGUGACGUCCACAAACCAUGAAUGUGUCCUCCCUGGGUUUGGCACUGUACGACACUGCAGCCCCUGACUGAAGUGGUAAUGGAUGUACUGUCUGAGUUCUCAUUGUUGUGGGGACGUGAGCCCUGUGUGUGAACAGCCAUGAUGAAGCAACGUCUGACGAGAGGCCUCACGACUCAUGGACUGUAUGGACUGCACUGUGUACAAUGACAGUUCACUGUAAUGUUCAAGUCUACCUACUUCUCAUUGACUGAGAUAUGUACUGCUUUUCUUUUUAGAUAAAUUAUUUAUCAGUAA